UGGGUUUGUUCUGCGUCUGGUAUAAAGGAAGUGAGCGCGGGUUUCGCACACACACGUACUGCACACAUGCAGCAUGCUCAGGAUGACACAGACGAGUACAGUAUUGAGCAUUUUCGCCUUGUUUCUUCAUACCACUUUUGGGGAAAGUGGUUGCACCUCAGCAGAUGGUGAUGGGACUUUUGGAGAUGACGAGCCAGACAACUUUGACAUCAACUGCUUCAGCCAGCUGGAGUUUAAGGAUUCCUACAGCAGCCUGACCUGCAAUUUUACCGAGCUGCCUCCUCACAACACUAACUAUACCUUGGCCCUGUGUACCAAGGAAGACAGCAAUUAUGUGUGCUUCAACAUGGAGAAACAGGAAGAUGUGUAUUUCUUACAAUUCACUGAUAUACUCUCAAAUAAAGACAUUUGUAUGAGCUCUGAGAUGAAGAGAAUGGCCUGCAGGAGUCUGGUUGUAACUGACAUUGUUAAACCUGAAGUACCAUUCGAUAUAAACAUCACAUACCAAAAGGAGGCAAAUGAGUAUCUUAUUCAUUAUAGCACACCACACUCAUGGAAGAAGUACUUAAAGGACAAAUUAAUACACCAAAUAGCCUAUCGGCAGGAAGAAAGUACUUGGAAGACAAUCAAAUCACCAUACCUUCAGGUGAAGUUACUGGGGAAAAACCUCAAAAAUGACGCAUCGUAUGAGGUGAAAGUACGUUCGCAGCCCAAUGGAGAUUAUUUUAAGGGCAUGUGGAGCGAAUGGAGCACUUCCAAAAGCUUCAGGACCGCAAAGGAGCAGCACUCCACAAAGAGCAAUAGCAGUGUGGUCGUGGUUAUACUCUCCAUCCUGGGAUUCAUGCUGUCCAUUGUCAUGAUUUUCCUGGUCAUAACUUUCUGGGAAAAUAGGAUCAAGCCUGCUGUGUGGCCAAACCUUCCUGAUCAUAAAAAAACUCUGGAGCAACUAUGCAAGAAGCCAAAAAAUAAUUUUGAUAUAAGCUUUAAUGCAGAGAGUUUUGGUUACGUUCAUAUCCAUAAAGUGGAUGGCAUUCGAGCAAAAGCUGAACUGGAAAAUUUCCUGCAGCCAUCAACUGCCCCAGAGACAAACCUUCCAGAAAAAUUUAGGAGCGGAUCAGACCUGAAGCUGAUCCCCGCGAUGACAGACAAAAGCAACCUGAACCUGUCUGUGACUUAUGGAGGAAUCUGGCCAGCUGACGCCCUGCACAGACUCCUGGGCACCAGCCAGCCUGCGGUCACCGAAGGAAACGAAGGCUCCAGCACAUACGAGGUGUGCCGCAGCAACAGGGUGCCCCUGUGCGAUGAUGGUUUCAACCCUUCCUCUGCUCCUCUCCCAGAUCCCUCUGGCCAGUCUGGACCAGAGCCCCUCAAUGGUGACACUGUGUCCCAGAUGCUGCCUACCAGUGAAACGAGGUCACCAAACAACGAGGAAGCCUAUGUCACAAUGUCUAGCUUCUACAAAAUUCAGUAAAACCUUACAGGAAUGACAGUGUACCGUUUUUUCCCUAACAAGCAGGACAGUGAAGAUUUCUGGUUUGUUUUCAUGCACGCUGUAAAUUCCCACCUCCGCCACGCAGCCUACUCGCAGUGCAAUGGUAUACCUGCAAGGAAGUGGGUUCUCACACAUUUCAGUUACAAGUGGCCUAAACUUACCUCUCAGCAUGUCGGUAGCAAUCUCCACUGCAGCAGAAACUAAAUUUAAUUCAAACUCACUUUAAUCCUCAAAUUUGAUUAAUCCAGAGCAAUGACACUGCAGUCCUAGCAGAGGAUCACAGCAUUUCUCGUGAAACUUAAUGAACUCUUCUGCACAGCAUGUCUCAUACAACUUAAUGAACUCUUCGUUAAUCUCUUGGUUGCAGAGUUAAGCUCUUACUAAUGCCUAAGCAAUAAAUACAGCAACAAAUUCAAGUUAAAUGGAAUCCAAUCUCUUUUAAACAGUGGUAGGUCAAGAGUAACCCCUCUGCAGCCAGUGGAAGUCCAUGAGUUUGCAAAACACCAGUAACCCAGACUUGCUAUCAAGAAUUAGUUGCCUGGGGACAAGGCUCUUUGCUGAGUCCCCAGGAAAAAGGGCACAUGGACUCACUUUAGGAAAAUGUUUUCUCAGACUGAUUUUUUUUCUUUUCAAGAGAGACAGAUUAAAACAAAGCAAAAUCCUACAUUCCACUACUUUUUGUUGUUGGUAAAGAUCUGCUCAAGCCAAUUUUAGGAUCCACAGGUACUUCUGUUAGUGCUAUAUAUUAAAGAGUUUCAGUAUUUCAUGUACUAGCAAUGUUUAUCUAAGAAAACAGAACAAAACCAAUGAAAAGCAAAGGCCCAUCUCUUCCUAUAAACUGAAUUGGGGCUGUAAAAGGCAAGAUGCUGUCUUUCUCUGUGGCUCUUCUGCAAGCAUUAGCGCAGAAUUUAAGUACUUUCCAGGACAAAAGGGCUCAGUGACCUUGUUUGCUUACAAGCAUUAUUCCCAAUAGCUGUGGCUGCAUGACAGUACUUUGAAUUUGGCCGGGCAAUGUUCUCAUGCAACCUCUGAUUUAGGAAGAUGGAUGGAGUGUCACGGAUCCUGAGAGUGAUCAGAAGACCUAUGUUUUUUUAAAAAUACUUUGUAAAUUUGCCUGGAGUAAAAAAGUGCAUUUUCUACUUUUUUUAUUUUAUUAUAUUUUAUUUUAUUUUAUUUUGCAUUAUGAUAGGGGAGGGCAUCCUGUCCCUUUCCAUUCACUUUUCUCUGGACUGUCUGUCCAGGUCUAAGGGGAUCCCCACGUGCUGCCACGCAGAGAUGGCUGAGCCACUUCACCGUCCCUCUGGGAUGCUGGGCAUGGAGCACACGCUUGGAGAUAAAGCUGCUAGAGUCACACGGUUGCAUGACAGCCAAGCAGUGUGGCCAAGGGAAAUCCAAGCCACUUUGCUGUGCUCUGGGACCAGGGUUCACCUCACUGUGCAGUCUCAGUUCCUCAAGCUGCUUGAAAUUCUCCUUUACUGAAAAAUACAUUCACAGAGCCAAAGCCGAAGAGAGUCCUCUCAUCCUCAGAGCUGCUGGAGUUUGUUCUGACUGGUGAUAAUCACUGAGGUGUCGCUAUAUUUAGUGUAGCCUGCUGGAGGAGAACAGCACUCCCAAGACAGCACUCCACCUUCUCCGCCUCCAUCUGACACCAGGGAAAACUUACCGUCCCGGCGUGCAAAGGGGACGAGGAUUUGGCUCAAGGCAUUCAAGUGACAUUUUACAGAAUUGUUUUUAUUGCUGAUUCUCACUGGAUGAAACACUGAUUAAUGCAGUAGAAAAAGACGGAAGCCCUGGACAUUAAUUUGCUUUAUGAUGCUUGUAUUUCUUUUUUAAAAGAGCUGCUGGUAAUGCUCACACUGUGCUGGCUUGCACAGUGUGAUUGUGGAUGCAGACAGAGUGUGCUGGAAAGACAUCCUCUUCCAGUAACACAGCAACAAGCAAAAAGGGAACAGAAGAAGAAGCAAAAGCGCAUUGGAUAUAUCCUGUACAGUAUGUGCUAUGCUUGUUUUAAACUCAUACAUGCAUUUUUAAGGAUUAAAAGGGACGUCACAAAUAACAAAGGUCUAUUUGCACUAUUUAAGUAGCACGAUAUCCAUGUGUGAUACUCUUUCUGUUUGUCCAGAAAGGUAUACUGCUCUUUAAUAAAGGAAAAGUAGUGGAAACCUCCUAUUUGCUCUUUAGUACUGGAAAAGUAGCAAAAAUCCAAUGUUUAUUUACUUUAAUCACUCUGAAAUAGUUAUAUUUUUCCUAUGUAGUACUCAUAUUUUUCCAGAGCUGCUAAUGUUUAAACAUUCAUUCUGUUCUCUAUGUCUUAUUAUCUUAUUUAAUCAGAUAACAUGUAACCUUGGUUUUAUAAUGUUUUUACCAUA